AUGGCUUCGUCUGUUGCUGAAGAAGAGCCCGUGCUCCCGCAGGAUCCUCUCGACCAAGAAAUCGCUUUGCUCAAGCGUCAAGUGGCUUCACUCCGCAAGCGACUCCAGGUAGAAUGUUCCACCAUCCUCUCCGCCGGCGUCACCCAGGACAUGAUUGAGUCCGAUGCCGCCACCUCUUACAACGACAACUCCCCGCGAAAGAAGCUCGCCAAGCGAUCCUCGCAGCAGCAAGCGUACAUCCAGCAAUGCGCAUACCGAAUAUCCACCUCGGUCACAGCCUUCAAAAUCCAUGACCCUGAUCCAAACGCCGUCGAUGAGGGCCGCGUGCUCGGCGUGCGCUUCGAGAUUAUGUCCGCCGGCCAGUUUCUACGCCCAUACUACGUCAUGCUCAACCGCCCAUUUGAACGAUCACGCUUGCUCCGCGUCCAUAGACAUACGAUCCCGCCAGCCAUCCCGCUAAGCGGACUCGCCGCUCGCCACCUGCCGCCGCCAAAGAAGGGCCAUGGUGGGCGGGAGCCCAAGCAGGAUCUGGACAUGUUUGUCAAGCGGCUGCGGAGGGAGAUUAUGCGCCAUCACAAUCGCCUCGGCGUCACGGCGGACUUGCGGCAAAGUGCCCGUGUCAAUGAGCAGGCUCGCUCGGAUGCCGAAACGCCAGCCAUCAUCGAUGUUGGUGUGGCUGAUGUAGAGGCAAAGCAGAUUCGUCUGACGUGGGCGGACGAUCGUACAGGCAGAAUAGUCAUGGAUGAUGACGGCAAGGUGCUCAAGUUUGCCAUCUUUGGACCAGAUGGUCGCGAUUGGGAGACGGCGAAAGCGCUGCUUGGGAGUCACGAUCGAGUGGAGGAUAUUGUAGAAUUGCUCGAACAGAGCGAGUAG